GGAAUCGAAAAAGUUUUGUUUUCAUAACUGCGUGAAUCUCAUUAAAUGUUUUUAUAAAAAUUCUCCAUUAAUUAAUUAAAAUUUCUCAUCAUGUCACAGAGCAUUGAAAAGAAUGAGUAUCCAAAAGCAUCAAAUGCUCUUGUUGCUGGUGCCUUAAUCUCAUACCUUGGAGGAUUAUUCCUUUUGAUGUCCUUUAGUUCACCAUACUGGAUUGAAAGUUAUGAGGAAUCUUUCAGUAACUUCAAAAAUAUGGGAUUGUGGGAAUACUGCUUCAAAGACUUUAUGUACCCGUACUAUCAGUUCCCGAGAUUGUUCAAUGGAUGCCAUAAUAUAUUCAGUCAUGAAUAUUAUGUGAUUCGUGAAUGGCUUCUGCCUGGAUGGUUGAUGGCUGUCCAAUUAUUUGUAACACUUGCAUUCAUUGCAACAUUUGCAGCACUCGGUGUUAUGGCAUGUGAAGUCAUUCGUUAUCCAUUGAAGACUGUUUUACGUUACGAAUGGUUCUUGACAGCAUUCUCAUGCAUCGCUGUGUCUGUCUCAUCAGUAUUCCUGUUCUUUGGAGUUUUAAUCUUUGGAGUUAAUGCAUAUCGUCGUGACUGGUUGAUGUAUCCAAAAUUCAAUGUUUUAUCAUGGUCUUAUGCUUUUGCUGUUGUUGCAAUGUUCUUCUUGGGACUUGCUGGAUUGGUUCUGUAUAAAGAUGCAAGAUAUGCUUACGAAAGACGUCGAGAAUCAAAGAAUCUCGUCCAACAGAUGCAAAUGCAUGAAACUGCAUCACUUCCAUCAUCGCACUCACGCGGCUUACAUGGAUACAUAUAAUGAGAAUUUUUGAUACAUUUUAAGAUGAUUAACUUAAGUGACCUUAAUAUUUUUACAACAAUACCGUCCUCUUUUAAUGACUUUAGAUUUUAAUGCUGAUGAAAAAGUAUUUUUUUAGAUUAAUAAUUAUUCAUAGAAUACUCUCAUAAAUGGGAAUCUCUCUUCCUUAUCAAUUGACGAUUCAAUUUUGGAUUGAAGGAUAUAAA